AUGGCUGGGGGAAAUGCCUCUAGUUCUGGAGAAGCUCGGACUCCACGAUCAAAAAAUCGUCCGCCACCAACGUUCUACCUUCCGUUAAAUGUCACACUCUACGUAUGCCUCUUCGCAAAUGGGCUCGCCGCAUUCUUUGCCCCGAUUCAAGACUGCGAUGAGAUUUUCAACUUCUGGGAGCCAGCACACUACGUGCAGCAUGGAUAUGGCCUUCAAACAUGGGAAUAUUCGCCUGUCUACUCAAUCCGGAGCUGGCUCUACGUGUCGCUUCACGCCGCGGUUGGAAAACUAGGCUCAUUAUUCGUCAACUCCAAAACGGCGGAGUUCUACUUCAUCCGUGUAUUCCUAGCUGUACUUUGCGCCGCCUGUCAGACCAGACUCUAUUCGUCAAUCAGCCGAUCUAUCAAUCCCCGUAUGGGCCUCGUCUUCAUUACAAUUAUCAUCUUUAGCCCUGGCAUCUUCCACGCUUCAGCUGCUUUCCUCCCGUCCACUUUUACCAUGUACACUUCAACGCUUGGACUGGCUGCCUUCUUAGAUUUACAAAAGGGAGGACCUAAGAUCGCCCAGGGCAUUAUGUGGUUUGCUUUUGGUGCAAUUGUAGGCUGGCCAUUUGCUGGCGCUCUGAUCCUGCCACUUAUUGCCGAAGAAGCCAUCAUUGCAGUCUUUUCUGGGUCUUUGGGCUCAUUUUCGCUGGCUGUAUUCGACGGCGCUAUCAGAUGUCUAGGCAUUGCGGCACUUGAAAUCGCAGUCGACUACGCUUUUUUCCGCAAGCUUGUCCUUGUCCCUUGGAACAUAGUGGCAUACAACGUAUUUGGAGGCCAGGGCAAAGGUCCCGAUAUCUUUGGUGUCGAACCUUGGACCUUCUAUAUCCGAAACCUCCUUCUGAACUUCAAUGUUUGGUUCAUACUUGCUAUUCUAACUGCUCCUCUGCUACUACUUCAAGUUAUUUUCAGUUCCCAACCUUCGUCUGUCCAGAAGUUUGUGCGAUCAAUCAUCCUCGCCUCUCCAUUUUAUAUGUGGUUCGGAAUCUUUACAGCUCAGGCUCACAAGGAGGAGCGCUUCAUGUACCCCGCAUACCCGUUCCUUGCCCUAAAUGCGGCCCUCUCUUUUCAUCUGAUUCUCACCUAUCUGGGGUCCAGUAAUCCAAAGGAAAUCGUUGGUCGUAUCCCGACCAAGCUCAAGCUUAUAGCAAGUUUGUCCGUCGUCAUUUUGGCGGUCAAUGCAGGCAUGCUACGUAUUCUGGGAAUGGUGACAGCAUACAAUGCACCAUUGAAGGUUUUUGACCCAUUGCAGCAAAUGGACGUAGCUCAGACAGGGAGCUCCGUUUGCAUUGGCAAGGAAUGGUAUCGAUUCCCAUCGUCAUACUUCCUCCCACAGGAUAUGCGCGCCAAAUUUAUCCGAAGCGAGUUCCGAGGUCUGCUGCCGGGUGAAUUUCCAGAGUCGAUAAGUCAUCUCGGCCGUCUAGAGGGAGCUUCACAAAUCCCAUCUGGCAUGAACGAUCUUAAUAUAGAAGAUCCAAGCAAAUAUGUCGAUGUUUCUGAGUGUUCAUUCUUGAUCGACUCGUACUUCCCAGGUCGCGAAGCUACUGAGCUAGAACCUCACUAUGUACUCGACGAUAACGAAUGGAAAGCCCUUUCAUGUGCAAGUUUCUUAGACACAGCACAGACUGGACUGCUAGGCCGUUUGAUCUGGGUUCCUGAUCUCCCCUUUAUUCCUGAACAAUUCCAGCGCAAAUGGGGCCGAUACUGUCUACUUCAACGCCAAGCCACGAGCGGUGUCAUCUAA